CAUAGUAACUGCUCAGUAAAAAUUUAUUUAAUAAAUCAAAGCCACAACUAGUUGAAAAAUUGGAAAAUGAUCAAAAUGGACGCACUAACACCACACUUCUGCCUCUUUCACUGUGUAAUGUAACAGUGAGGUUGAGGAAACAGACUACUGAAAUACCACCAAGCAUCCACCAGGCCAGGAAUCUGUCUGUCCACAUCCUCUGCACUCUGCCAUACCGUGCACUACCCUGCACCCGGGACAGAAGCAUCCUACAGAGGCCCUCCAUGAACACAGGCUUGAACUCAAGUGGGCAAACCAUAAGCCAAACACCAUCUUACCCCCCAAGUCCCAUUCUUCUACUGCCAGUCCUAUUCUAGACUAGUCCUGGAUGCCAAACAUGCUUCCCCGGGUGGGCCUGUGGACUUACUCCAAUCCAGGACCUUUAAUGCCACCUUUGGCUUACUCAAAAAAUGGUUUAAAAUCCCUGAACAGCUUCAAUAAUGCUGCAGUUCUCAGGAGCAGGCAUACCUAAGGUCAUACGGACCCCUCCCCCUCACAAACGCUGAUCCAAGGCCAGGAGGCCAUCUGUCCAGCAGACGCUCUUCUGUCCUCCCUCAGGUCACACUGAGCCUCCCGUCAACCCCCUCGUUGGCAGGAAGAGCCCUUGCAGAGAGAUAAUUUUCACCCUGAUCAACAUGCCUGGUCACCCCUGAGGACCCCAACUCUGGAGCUCUAGGAAUACCUGUCUGCUCCCCGAGAAACCUUCCCCAGGCUCUAUUAUCAAGUCCUAAAUUUCGGAAUGAUUGUCUCAUCAGCACUAAUGAUCUGGAAGGGGUUAAUGGUAAUAACUGGAAGUGAAAGUCCAAUUGUAGUGGUGCUCAGUGGCAGCAUGGAACCUGCAUUUCAUAGAGGUUUUUUUUUUUUUUUUACAAAUCGAGUUGAAGAUCCCAUACGAGUGGGAGAAAUUGUUGUUUUUAGGAUAGAAGGAAGAGAGAUUCCUAUAGUUCACCGAGUCUUGAAGAUUCAUGAAAGGCAAAAUGGGCAUAUCAAGUUUUUGACCAAAGGAGAUAAUAAUGCGGUUGAUGACCGAGGCCUCUAUAAACAAGGACAACAUUGGCUAGAGAAAAAAGAUGUUGUGGGGAGAGCCAGGGGAUUUGUUCCUUAUAUUGGAAUUGUGACAAUCCUCAUGAAUGACUAUCCUAAAUUUAAGUAUGCAGUGCUCUUUUUGCUGGGUUUAUUCGUGCUGGUUCAUCGUGAGUAAGAAACCUGCCUUGCUGUUCCUGGGAAGAUGCCAUACUUUUCGUUACUGGAUGUUUGGAGUAGAUACUGAUCUGUGAUUGGUGGAAUGGAGAACACACGUGUUGGUGCUUCUUGGUAGCACUGGUUUGCAUUAGUUUAUGUUUCCACGCCAGAGUUUGUGUGGGCGGGCACAUGUGCACCACAGAGUGCACUUGAGGGGACUUUCAGUCACAGGAUUUCAUAAUUGUCAUUGUCACACUUUCACAUUUUUGUACAUCAGUGAAUUUUUUAUAUUAAAAGGUUGAGCCAAAGCCCCCAGUGUUUGUAUUUUGAAGCCAAGCUUCACUUCUAAAGUGCCUACAGAGACUUGUAAAUGAAAAUGCAGCUCUGCAUGAGUUUGAAACCGUCAUACCUCCUUCUAAUAGGAAUGGCAUAUACUGAGGUGGUCGUAAGUCUUAACUUUUAAAAUUUUAAAUAAAAGACUUUGCACAUUGAA